AUGAGGAUAUUGAAUGUUGCUGAGAAGCCGUCGGUUGCAAGAUCGAUAUCCUCGAUUCUGUCGAAAGAGCUGAAUGUCAGGAGAGGACUCCAUCAGUAUUGUCCAAACAUCCACUUUGACUACGGCAACCAGAUGGUGUUUACGAGCGUUCUGGGCCACCUGCUCUCGAGCGACUUUGAGGAGAAGAGCAGGUGGGACGAGGUUGAUCCGGAGGUGCUGUUUACGGACAGGAUUGUUAAGCAUGUGCAGCCGGAGUUUGUGAAGGUUAAGGAGAACAUCGAGAGAGAGGCCUUGAAGUGCGACAUGGUGAUUAUCUGGACAGACUGCGACAGAGAGGGAGAAAACAUUGGAAGACAGAUAAGAGAUAUUGUUCUCAAAGUAAAGAAGAUUGACGUUCGGCGUGCAAGGUUUUCAGGGAUCACCCUCAGAGACGUGGAGAGUGCACUAAGGAAUCUGGGAGAGAUAAACGAGGCAGAGGCGGAGGCUGUUGAAGUACGGAUAGAGCUGGAUCUUAGAAUAGGAUCAGCAUUUACUAGACUGCAGACACUAUCACUCGGUAGGGCAAGACAGGGAAAAAAGAUACUAAGCUUUGGGCCAUGCCAGGUGCCUACGCUGGGGUUUGUGGUGGAAAGGGCUAGGGAGAGAGAGAGCUUUGUUCCAGAGAUAUUCUGGACGUUGAAGUUCAAGGCUAUGCACAAGGGGUUUAAGGACGAGUUUACAUGGAGAAGAGGGCCUGUUUUUGACAGAAACUGCGUGGUAUGCUUCUUCAACAGCCUGUCUGGAGAAGAUGCCAGGAUAGUGUCACGAGAGGUGAAGGAGAAGACGAAGUACAGGCCGCUUCCACUGAGGACUGUUGAGCUGCAGAAGAAAUGCUCGUCAUAUUUCAGAUUGAGUGGGCAUAAGGUAAUGGAGAUUGCCGAGGGACUCUACAACAGAGGAUACAUAAGCUACCCCAGGACGGAAACAGAUGUCUUUGACAGGAAGUUUGAUUUCAAGCACAUACUAGGCAAACUGUGCAAAGACAGCAAGGUUGGAGAGUAUGCCAGUAAGUUGAUGGGGGAGUUUAACCAUCCCAGAAAUGGAAAGAAUAACGACAUGGCGCAUCUACCGAUAUAUCCAUUAAAAGAGGGAUCUGGACUUUCUGGAAGCGAUAGAGACAUUUACGACUUUGUCUCCCGGAGAUUUCUGGGAUGCAUAGCAAAGGACGCCAAAGGUCUUGAGACGCGAUAUGAGCUGAAGAUUGGACUGGAGAUGUUUGACCUCAGCGGAAUAAGGGUGAUUGAAAGGAACUAUCUUGAGGUGUAUUACUACGAUAAAUGGGACGACAAGGAGGUUGGCGACUUUGCAGUGGAGGAGAUAGUCUCUGGAGACCUGGAAAUUGAUGAGGGGGAGACAUCUGCACCCAAAUAUCUUAGCGAGGCUGAGCUUAUAGGGCUUAUGGACAAGAACGGAAUCGGAACGGAUGCAACCAUACAUGAGCACAUCCAGAAGAUACAAGAGAGAGGAUAUGCUGUCAAGGUUGCAGAGGAGAUAAGGCCGCUGAACCUCGGGACAGCCCUUAUUGAGGGGUAUGAAAGGUUUGGACUGAAUGUUGGUAAGCCUGAGCUGAGGAAAAGCCUGGAAGUUAGCCUGAAGAAGAUAUCGGACGGAGAGAUAGAUGGGAAGAGUGUUGUCUAUGAAGGGGUCAUGGCCUAUAGAGGGAUAUAUGCCAUUCUCAAACGAAACAUCGGAGAGUUUGCCAGCAUUCUUAGCAGGGGCAUUGAAGCCGAUGCAUCUGGAGUGACACCGUGGGGAAGCAUAGGGCCGAAAGGCGGUGGGAAGGGAAGGUGCAGGAAGGUGGAAGGUAGAGGAGGCAUAGCCAAGGCGAUUGGUAAGGGGGAGGAGGCAAAAGGAGUGGAAUGUAGCUGUCGGGUGGAAGCCAAAAUGCUGAAGGUAAAGAAGGGAAACAACGCUGGAAAGGAGUUCUAUUGCUGCGGAAAGACUCCGAAAAGCUGUUAUUUUUUCCAGUGGAGCACGGACGAGAAAAGCAAGGGGGAAGAAGAACUGAAGUGCUUCUGUGGAUUUGAACCUCAGCUACUUGUUGCAAACACAGAAAGCAACCGGGGCCGGAAGUUCUACAAAUGCAAAAAGGCAUAUAAACCUUGCAAAUUCUUCCAGUGGGAGACCUGA